AGAGUACAAAUCUGGCACUCCCGCAAAACCACAUGGAAGGGAGAAUGUGUGGGUCCAUUUGACUGAUAUUAGUGAAUGAAUCGCAAAUGUCCAUUCGACAUGUGUCUGAUGAAAGUCUCUUCGAAACUGUGUAACACACCGGUGUCUUCAACUUUAACCUUCAUGAUUCAUAAUGAGUAACACGAUAGUGAAAAGCAAAGCCUGGGCUUUUGUGACACAAGUUUUUAAUCUGCCUAUGGCUCUUCUUCGGCGGAUGAUAACAAACCUGCUUAAUCGAGUGAUGAUGAUGAGCUCGCUCCCGCCACCCAAGAUGGACAGUCAAGUUGAUUGUAAGAAAAGGAAAAUGGUUGUUGGCCUGGGAAACCCUGGCAUGACUGGCUCUCGACACAGUGUUGGUAUGGCUGUUCUCACAACGUUAGCUGAACGCUUGGGUGCGCCAGAUGGCUGGAGAUCUGACCGAAAAGUGUCAGGAGAGGUCGUUGUAACACAACUGCAGGACGUUCAGCUGGUUCUUCUUCGACCCAAAUUACUGAUGAACGUCAAUGGCGUGAGUGUGGCAAAAGCAGCCAGCAGAUAUUUAAUUCAGCCCGAACAUAUUCUCUUGAUUCACGAUGAGCUUGACAAACCGCUUGGGAAGUUUGGCAUCAAACAUGGUGGAAGUGCAAGGGGUCACAAUGGUGUUAGGUCAUGCGUGGACUGCCUACAGACUGAUGUGAUGCCGCGGUUGCGCAUUGGCAUUGGCCGACCGUCGGAUAAAACGCCCAUCGACCGCUAUGUUUUGGGACGAUUUUCAAAAGAGGAACAAAACGUUUUAGACUCCGUCAUAAAGCAGAGUUUAGAUGUGCUUCUGGAUUAUCUGACGGACUCGCGAUCCCAGACUUCCCCAGCAGAGGGCAGGAGAGCAGCACAAAAGAAAAAAGCCAGGACACUUUCACCGCCUCAAAACAGCUCAGAAGAGCAAACGCAAAGCUGAGCUACUGACGCUGCACGUCGAGUGUUUGAUGACUGAGUACUGGCAUGUUUACAGUCAGGCAGAACAAAACCAUUUCUGAUAACUUUGUUAGGAUCCACUGCACUUGCCGUAUUGUAAUGUUCAAGCGAUAGUUCAUCCAAAAAUGAACCAUUUAUUUGUUUCAAACCUUCACGAGUUUCUUUGAACACAAAAGGAGAUACUUUGAAGAAAGUUGGAACUUCCAUAGUUAAAGGUAUUGUUCUCUAAA